ACUCGCUUGCAUUAUUUGCCUGUGCGGUUUGUAUGGUCGCGUGCGACUGCACGUAAACGAUCGUAUUUGCGUGUUAUUUCUACCGGAAUUCUCGCUGUAAUGUGAUCCCACAAGCAUUACACCGUGGUUUCGCUCUGCGUGGAGCGAUCUGUUGACGGCGGUCAUGGAGCUGGAACGUCGGGUGUCCGCGACGGGCGAUACACCCUUGAAGCCGAGUAUGGACAUGAGACAGCUCUUCGUCGACAACAUCGCUGUAGAAGGUGACAUGUUAUGUUAUGAUGCCGGGUCUGAGGGCCACCCCGGUUUGUACGUUGGCGUGGAACCAGCAAGCCCAUCACGAGCCUACUUUGAGGUGGAGCUUCUUGGCAUGGGAAUGGCCGACUUGGUGUUUGGCUUCCUCUGUCCCUCUGGUGCUGGAAUUCACCAGUGGGACUCCGCACUGUCGCUUGCUUGCCGAGUCAGCGAGGGCAGGCUAUCAGAAUGUGAAAACUACAUGCCUGGAGUGCCAUGCGAACCUGGCGACAGAGUUGGCUGCGGCCUUUCUUUUGACCCUAAGGUUCGGUUCCGCAACUGGGGCACCGUCGUCACUUUCUUUGUCACUCAUAACGGCAAAGAGGUGGCAAGGUCCACUUCCCUGGUGUCUGGGCGUCUGCAUCCUGCCAUAGUGCUGCGUGAUCCAGGACAUCAAGUUCGGCUACUGGGUGAGGGGCGACCCGCUUUGUCCUCGCUCACCGAGGAUGCCCUCAUGUGCGUCGACUCAAACGAGGAAGAGUGGCUACGGCUACAUGACGUCCAUCUCAAUGGACCUGUAUUGGAGUAUUCAGGCCGUGGUACCAGCAUGGUGGACGUCGGCCUGGCACAGACACGCUGUCCACUCAGCACCACGAACCACUACUUUGAGCUAGAAAUUCUCGACCCUGGCGAAAAGUGCUGCAUCGCUAUUGGCCUUGCCCACAGGGACUAUCCCAGGCACAGGCAUCCUGGCUGGAAUGAAGGGUCCAUCGCCUACCAUGCAGAUGAUGGCAAGCUUUUCGUAGGAAGUGGUGUGGGAUCGAGGUUUGGACCCAAAUGCCAGAAAGGGGACAUAAUGGGUUGUGGCAUCCUGUUUCCCCGCGAGUAUGUGGAGCCCGAUGAGCCCAACGGUGAUGCUGUGGACAACGACGACCAGUCCCGGGCAGAAGGAGACGACAACGACGAGUAUGACUUCAUGAAGUACGACGCACUUCCGCUUGAAGGAACCCUGGUGCAGGUAUUCUUCACCCUGAACGGCGUCAAUGUCGGUCGGCGGGAGGUGGCCAUGCCCCAGGGCGGUCUCUUUCCUACGGUGGGCAUGCUGAGUCGCAAGGAGAAAGUCAAGGUAGACCUGCACCCUCUCACGGGUUGAGAGGGUGCAACAACACCUCUUCAACCGUCGCUGCCGCAGCCGAGGAUUGCGUGCACCGGCAGCCAACACACAAAGUGAAUGUGCCCAUUGUACAUUGAGCCAAAGUACUGCGUGCUAUUUGGACUUGUUUGGGGAAUCAAGCAGGCACUGUCUCUUUACUGCUCAGGGAUGUGCGGUUCUUCUGUAGUCUUGUAACAUCCCAGAGUUGUGCUGAGGUGCGGGCUUCUUUGCACACAUCGGCUGAGGUGAUUGACCGGCCAGAACAGGACAUGCGUGCAAGGAAGGAAUGAAAUACGAUGACCAGUUGUGCCCUAUCUUUAAUUGACUGCUGUUGACCGCUGUUUGGGAUCCUUGAAAGAAGUUUUUGUCAUACAAAAGAAUGAAUUGAAUCAAAAUGUAUGGCUGUGUGGAUAGCAACAUAAUGAAUGUCGGCCUUUGGCUUCUGUGCCAAUGUAUAUAUGGUGUAGUGAGGUUCCUUUUGCGGCCAUGAGGCCAAAUGUUCAGGUUAUUGCACUCAAAAGGAAAACGCUAGCUUGCAGAAGUGAAGUCUUGUGAGCACCAAGUGGAAGAAAUUAAGGCUGACUCGGGCUUUUUUUAAUUUUAACAAGAUGUACAAGGAAGAGCUGGAUCAGUCUCUUCAGUGACAACACUAUGCAGAUUGUGUAUAUUGCAGGGAUGCACAAAACACAGGCUGAUGUUAUACACAGAUAUAUGGUACACAGGCUACUGUAGUGUUUGCACAAAUGUUACUUGAGGUCUCAGAACUGGGGGGGAAAAAGAUGCGACUUGACACCACAGUUGCUUGGGAAACUGGUGAUGUUCAGCUGCUCAUUGAUUUAUAAUCAUAUCCACAUAUAGCUGCCUUCGUCAUCGCAUUUUUCUAUGCUUCGUAGCAUUCCAGGUGUGUAGGGAAGCCCACUUACAGAUUAUUGCGUAUGGUGAAAAAUUGCUAAUGGUCGAGCCUGGUGCAUAAAAUCUAAAUCUUUAAUUAAUUUGAACAUGGUUCCAAAUAUAGCGGUAGGCAAUGCGCUUUUAGGUUGGAAAUUACUACAGGGUGUGAAAAAAGUGUCAUUGCAUUUGUUUAGAUCGGCCAGUUUGUUGUAGGUACCGAUCUGGCCUCUUUUAUUCUGAGAAGAGGUGUCUGUUAUUGCACUUAAUUUCUGAGAACCGCAAAGCUGUGCAACAGACAUGCCUGCACCUCUGCAAUUUUUUAGUGACUGGUGCAGCAAGAGGUGUGCAUUAGCCACUUCGGAGAAAGUAACCUUGGCUGUGCUAUAGAAAUGUGCCUUUGCUACACAAGUGCUGGGCCACUUGUUCUCGAAGGGUCACACGUAAGGACUGUGGCCACAGUGUGUUGCAUUUGAUAUGUCUGAGUAACCAUGGUCAGUCGGUCUCGCCAUCUGCGGAAUAUUUUGUCACACCGAGCCUCUCCGAAAGAACCACAGAACAAUGUCUUUCGAAUGAAACAGUUAACAAUUAUGCUGCACCUAACAAAAAAGUCACCAUGCUUAACUAUGAAGGCGGACGCUUGGAUUUCGCAUGGCAUAAUAAUGGCCGCUUGCAAAAAGGCUUGUCCUGGCUAAUAAGCUUCAAGAUAGGUAUACAACUGAUAAAAGUCACCCUGUUUUGCUUGUCAAGGGCUUGCAGCAGCUAAUCCUGAAGCAGCAAAAUUGACUGCAGUACCACUCCCAACACUCCGCAAAGGUCGAUGCUGCUGAAUAUGCCGAUGAUUGUUUUGGAAUGUGCAACUUUAUUGCCCUAAGUUAUAUCUGCCUUGUGGUUAGAGCCAUGAACUUGUGCUCUAAAUUUUGGCAACUAAUAAUGUACUUUUAAAGUUUAUUUUAUAUAAAUCUUUUAUGUACUUACGUUAUCGUCGGAAAAAAUGGGCUCCAGUCCAUGCUGUGAAGGUGGUUGGCCAGUGAAGCUGUGGUAUGACCUGAUCCAACAGACCAAUGUGAGGUAGCCUUGAACUGAGUCCUGCCGAGCCUGAGCACAACGCCGUUGUGCAUACCGAUGUUGCUAUUCCUUUUGUUGCCCAUUAUAUUCGUGCUGCUGUUUAGGCGUCUUAACUGUGGGUGGCUUGCUUUGAGCAGGAACCGCUUUGUCCUUCCUAGCCUGAGCACGACGUCGUUGUGCUUAUUUAUGCGCCUGUUCCUAUCGCUGCUCAUCGUGUUUACGCUGCUCUUCGGGAGUCCUGACCAUGCGUGGCCUUUCCAUAGCGCUAUCAGAACACGAAUGAAAUCGGUUGCUAGACGGGUUCUUCUUUUACAUAUGAAAGUGUAGUUACAUCAUUCCCUGCUUCGUAUGCUACAGUUGCCGCUUCCCAGCAACUGCAGCUUAUGCAACCAUAAUAUUUACUCGGAAACGCUCGCGGUGAAAGCUGUGCACGAAGGCGAGCUUUCUGUUGUCUUUUUUUUUUUUUCCCCCGCACGGCCGGCGCUGCCGCUGCGACGGAUGCGAGCACCAUCUGGUGGUGCUGCAAGGAACCCAGUAGUGCAUGCAGCAUGCGUCUCUUGCUGUGAUUGGUUGAGGUUUUACCCACGGACACAACAGAUGCAUUGGCAGGUAGAGGUAUACAGCUUCACUGUAAAAAAGAAGUCAUUGCUUUAGGUGACAUUAGCAACUCACUAGCUAGAAGGAUAACUUACUCAACGAGUUGUUGUUCUAUUCUUGAGGCAAGCAGCACGAAAAGAAACUAUGUCAACUAACCCCUGUCAGCUGGAGUUAUUUCUUGAUAUACAGUGGCUCAUGACAGCAAAGAUUAGCACGCACCUGUGAGUGUUCGUUUCGAGAAUUCAUUGUCCACUGCUGUGUGUGCAAAGGCGAUUGGCAAUGUAGUCGAAGCCAGGCUCAUUCUGCAGUUGCCAAUGUGCUUCCUUGCCUAGUUGCACAUCCUGCACUCAUGUAAUGCGCUGCUUUGAAUGUUUAGGAGCAUCUAAUCCAUGUGUCCACUCAACUUGUCGAUUCUUGUACAGGGUGGACCAUAAUGUGAGAGGUAGCACUUGAACUGAACUUCAAGCCUUCAAUGGUCAGUAUGCCAAAUUCUGUAAGGAGGCUUUCCCGUGCAUCCAGCUUGACUUAACCAACAUGGCCACACUCCAGCUAGUAGCACUGUUGAAUGACACGUGCAUUUUGAAAGCUUUGUCAGUGUGGGUAGCAGAGUGCGGCAGAAACGAUGUCACCAGCCCGCAUGUUGACACCUCAAGUUUGUAGGUUGAAGUCCACCAUCUUGGGUAGGUCGAACGAGUUGUGCGGAGGGAAGUGCUCUUGCAGGUUUUGCAUAAUGUCAUCGCUUGAGAACACAGAACUCAAAUCAAGAAAUUUGCCUUCAGGAAGUUUCUUCAAAAGGAGAACUACAUCGCAGACAUUGGUUAGUGCCAUUCUAACUUUGAUUAAUGCAGUAGUAAUUGCUCGGAUGCAAAAUUAGGUGUUCCCUUUUAUAUUAAAACAACCUGUACAGCAUCGCAGGAUGAUUUACACUUGUAGUGGUCAAACAAGUGGUCUAAACAUUGGCUUUGGCGACGUCCCUCGUGCGAUGAGAGUUGAUUGCUUCCUGCGCAGCAUUGUACUUAUAUACCCAGUGGUUGCUAGCAGCAUUGCUUCGGAGCUAAGACAAUGAGCUUUAUUUUUGAAGCAUACAUUAACUCCAAUACACGCACUGCAUUGCACCCAUUAUUUAUACCAGCCGCCGAGUUCAGUGAGAUAAACUGUGGUAAUAGUGUGAUAGCAAUCUAUAAAAGACUAGGUUGUGGCUCAAUUUAUGUGCAAGUGUAGUGCCAUACAAAAGUUAUGUUCAGGUAAAAGUCCCAAAUUUUUUUCUUGAUUGGGAAAACCACUCCUUCUAGUUUUCCCUAGUUAGGGAAAAAACUGCGAAUGUCCCAAACCCUUUGCUUUCUGGGCUAUGAUGAGUCAAUGCUUACAGUUAGUUUUUUGGCAGGUGUUGCCAUCAGCUUUUUUUUUUUUGCAAUUGUGUUUGAACAGGUGGAGUAAUUAGCAAGCCACAUCAGCUAGUAUUCUUAACAUGUUCACUUUGAUGUGAGUCACUGCUGGAGUGAGAGAAAGAAACAUUCGUCUUAUGUGGAAGUGAAUACACCAGCCUGUCUUGCUUUGGAAAAGCUACCAUAUUUUCGCAUAUAUUGUUGGCUGCAAUUGCAUGUCACCUGAAGGUGUAGUUAUGUUAGCUAUGCUAUAGUUAACAUACAGCAUAAUAGGUCACUGUCGUGUCCCAGCUAGAGCUUGUUGGUAUGGCUUGUCUCAUCCAAACAAGCUUAUGCCUAGUUUUUCACGCUGGUUUUCAGUCCUGAAUUACAGGCUCAAGUAGCAAUACUGAUGGCAGAUUUGCUAGUUGAGCCCAAGAUGGAAUUUGAAACUUGAGGCUGGGGUUCAUUUCUUUUUCACGAAGUGGUAUGCCUCUCUCUAGUGCUGAAGUUUCUAGUCAUAAUUUUGAAGAGUCUAGUUGCAGCUCAAAAGGAACACAGCAUAAGACCGCCCACUUGCUUCUUGGCAGUGCUUUUCUGCUUCAUCUUAACACUCUAGAAGUAAAAGUGGUGUUAACCAGUGAGAUACAUCCAUCGUGUAUAAGGACGGCACCACCUUGUGGAAGGCCUCUACAUUAGUAGCGCAUGCUUUGCCAGAACCAUGUGUGCCUUUCUCAGCUUAGCAAACGCAACAGCGUAUUGUAUUUUGGGGGCUGUGGCCGUGCUGCACGUUUAUCUUUGCGUGUGCAUUGCCAUGUUUGUUCUUUCAUUGUCGGAGGUCGUGCUAUGCAGGUUUUGUAAGUCCCGUCUACCGUGGCACUCUGUGUGAAUGGCUUCUUCGAAGCACUGUGACGAGAUGCGGUAGCUGCGGUAUUGUGCAUUUCCAAGUGUGGCUGAGUGAUGUCGGCACUCGCACCUUCGUAUAUUAUUGGCUGCACUCUGUCUUGCAUACUUGGUAGGCAAAGCUGCAGAGGCUAGAGUUACGUCCUGCAGUGCCGGCAUUUGCGACGAAAAAGAGUGUGAAAAAAUGGAAAUGCAUUACGCAUUUUGGUUUCUUUUAUUUCCCAUUCUUAUAUACAGGGUGUUUCAGCAAACCUUUUCAAAAUUUUUUAUAGGUUGCCUGUGGCAGGUAGCUCAAUUCUAGUUUAUGAGCCAGUCCACUAGAAGCGGUGAACAGUACUUGCACAAAAAAUUGAAAUGCAAAAUCGACUAAUUAACAAGAAUUCACUAAUUAACUUGCUGGCUAAUUAUCUUAUGACCCAUGUUGCUAUUUACAAAUUCUAGCAGUGGACUUCGCAAGGCGGGUACACUUGCAGCGAAUUCUCAGGACGACGCCAGUGACUUUUUGUUAAUUAGUCGAUUUCGGAUCUUAGUUUUUUAUGCAAGUAUUGUCCGCCGCUUUGAGUAGACCAGCUCAUGAACUAGGACUGUGAUAUCUGCCACAGGAAACUUUUAAAGAUUUCUGAAAGUGUUUGCUGAAAUACCCUGUAUAUAUAUAUAUAUAUAUACAUCCCAUUCCUUACAUCAAUUAUGGCAUACAGUUGUUAUGCCACAAAUGUAUGCACUUGUAGCAUAACAUUAGCUUUGUAACUUACAGUCACAAUAUAUUAAGAAGUCAUUACUUCGAAGACAUUCAAUGUGGUCUGAACCAAUUAACCAUGGAAUCUGAAGUGACACAGUUAGUACACACGGAAUUCUUUUCUGCAGCAUGCCACCUGCAUUUACGACCGAAACGUAGCAAGUUGCAUAUAGGAGGCAAGAAAUUUACUAACAGUACAAAUUCUUACAUGUUAAUGCCAUGUUUCGGUUUUAUUAAAGGUAAUUAUUCCACAGAAGGUGCCGCGGACCUAAAACUAGUUCACUACAGAACACUUGAGAGUGAUACAAUAUCUAUGACUGCAUUACAUGCGAUUACAUACGUAUCUUCUGCAACGUUGCCUGCUAAGUAUGAAAUUAAUUGUGUGGCUGUUUCUUUGUGAAAUAAGUGCACAGCUGUCUUUCCAACACAUUUGUUGGAACAACAGCGGUGGUGGGGAGUGGAAAGGCAAGCUUCCUCCUGUUUGCUUGGGGCAGUGGGAGUGUCUCAAACUGAGCAAAGCUGUAUCUAACGAAUUGCAAUGGCAAUACUUGUAGCUGCUUUCAAAUGCAUACCUGUGCAGCUCAUAACAGUACUUAGUAAGCGCAUUGUUACAGCUGUGCUGUGUGACUUUGCUGAUGGAGGCUACGUACGUACAGUAUAUAACUUAGGGGUGAGUGAGCCAGUGCGAGAGCACCUGCUGCACCCUUUUUGGCAUUGCACAUUUGCACCGUGUACUUGUUGUAACAUUUGCUUCUGUGAAACUUUUGGUUGUGCAACUCACCUUGUUGGAUGCAGCCUCUAGUUGAAGUUCGUGGCCACUGUGUUAUACAGUAAGCGAAGUGGGAAAGCAUCGUAAAAGGCUGCAGUAUGUAACACAAAGCAAGCAGCUUAAACACUGUAUGCGAUGUUCUGAUGUUGCUUCUAUAUGAAAAUAUGUUGCCAUUGAAGCUCAUUCUGGGGGCACUUACACAUUCUGUGUUAAUUAAGUUGAUAUGUUACAAUAGUUAUCUUUUCGAAGCAAACCGAUUUUUUUUUUUUUUUUGUGGCAGUAGAGAAAUUUAGACUGAGGGUGGCGCACGUUGUCAUUUCGGCAUACUGGAGAUGUAGACUGGAGCAGCAGCACUGCUGGCACUAUCUCGCAACUCCCAAGUGAAACAAAAGCAUGCGGUACCAAUUUUGCAAUGACCUGACUAAGUUUUCCUUAGCUGCCGGUGUAAAGGUGUUGGCAGUACAUAACCUUCGUGAAUGUAUAUUGGCUCAUUUCAUUUUUUUUUUCCGGCUAGAGCAUCUCAAGUAACACAAAAAUGUUUCAAACACGCGGUUUGACACAGUGUUACAAGAUGUCGCCAGCAGCACUACUGCUCCAGAGUCCGAGUAUGGUUGGUCCUCAUGUCUCCAUGUGCAAAAUUCAGGAAAUGCUAAUGUGGAUACACACUAAAUGUCUGUAAUGCCAACACUCCCUGUUCCGUAACUUGUUUGAGAUAUUGUUGAAUUUCACAUUACAGAGCUUUUUGUUAUGGGUUUUUGAAUAGUGCACUUCAAUUUUCACUGCUAGCAGUGCAUACAGUCGAGAAGAAAAGUUUCGCAGACCAUGGCUGCCAUGGUAAAAACGAACUUUUGCCAUGCUCACAGUGCAAGGCAGAAGACCUAAUGGUGGUCGAUAUUGCAUAUGAAGCUUCUGGUAAUUCUGGUCCACAAACUUUCGUCCCCAACUGUACAUUUAGUUCCGGCCAAUGCUUGGAGGUGCUGUUAAUUGCUGUGGCAAGACUUAACUAGCUACUGCAUGUUGUUGACCAGUUUACAGUUAUUAGUUCUAGGGUUAUGCCAAUGUUAUUUUUUUCUUAUGCCAUAUUUUCUUAUUAAAGUGUACUUGCAAAUGUUAA